AUGGUGGAGUAUGAGGCAUGCAUAUUUGGAAUCAAAGUAGCCAUUGAUCUAAGGAUCAAGAUCCUUGAAAUCUAUGGAGAUUCAACUCUGGUGAUCAGCCAAAUUAAAGAAGAUUAUGAGGCUCGUGAUCACAAGUUGAUCCCGUACAAAGAGCAUGUCUUAAAGCUAGUCCCAUAUUUUAAUGAGAUCACAUUCCACCAUAUUCCUCGAGAGGAAAAUCAAUUGGCAGAUGCUUUGGCUACCUUAGCCUCCAUGUUCAAAGUCAAGUGGGCUAACGAAGUGUCAUCUAUCCGCAUUUACUACUUGGAUGAACCAUCAUACUGUUUGGCAGCCGAAGAAGAAUUAAAUGGCCACCCAUGGUUUUAUGAUAUCAAGAGGUACCUGGAGAAACAAGAAUAUCCAGAAAAUGCAUCCAUCACAGACAAAAAGUAUCUUCGAAGACUCUCAGCCAAGUCCUUCUUAAGUGGAGGUGUACUUUUCAAUAGAAAUUAUGAAUUGGUCUUGCUCAGAUGCAUGGAUAGACACGAAGCAAACCGAUUUAUAGCUGAACUCCAUGAAGGCUCCUUUGGGACACAUGCCAGUGGGCAUACAAUGGUUAAAAAGAUCUUAAGGGCGGACAAUUACUGGAUGACAAUGGAAACAUAUUGUUAUCUCCAUGUGCAAACAUGCCAUAAAUUCCAAAUUUAUGCAAAUAAAAUUCAUGUGCCACCAGUUCCUUUAAACGUCUUGACAUCACCUUAG